AUGUUUCUCUUCUUUUUUGGCCUUCUCGGUUUUAGUUUCCGUCUCUUGGCAGAUGAACCUUCAACAGAUCCACCAUCUAGAACCCCAAUGCCAACUUCAAAAUCAGGUGUUCCAAGCAAAGUUGCAGUUAUUUGCUCAGUACUCGCCGCAAUCUUAACAAUCCUCUGUACUGUUUCAAUACUUUGUAUUGUUAGCAGAAAGCGCAGAGAACCAAAGGGCUACCAACAACCUCUUAUCGAAAAAUCUCUUAUAUAA